AUGAAAAAGUUUAUAUCGAAGUUUGAAACAAAAAAUGAACCCACACCGACAUCCAGUAGCCGAGAGACGAACAGUUUCGUGGGCAAAACCUUCAAGCUGAGCAAAGAGAACGUAGUGACCGUUGAGGAAGUUCUGGCGGAGGGAGGAUUUGCGGUGGUGUUUCUAGUCAAAGGAUCGAAAGGUGAACGUUACGCCCUGAAGCGGCUCUACGUCAACAAUGAGUACGAUCUUGGGGUAUGCAAUCGAGAAAUAAAGAUAGCGAGCAACCUGAGCGGCCACAAAAACAUCAUCGGUUACAUUGACCACAGUAUCAACGCGAAAGGAAACGGCGGGGUGCACGAGAUACUACUGUUGAUGCCGUACUGCAAGACCAACUUGCUGGCUUUAAUGAAUGCUCGUCUCGGAACGGGAUUCACUGAGCAAGAAGUGCUUCAAAUUUUCUGUGACGUAGCAGAAGCAGUUGCCCGACUGCACCAGUGUCAGACACCCAUAAUCCAUCGGGAUCUGAAGGUGGAAAAUAUUCUGCAGAGCGACCAGGGCCACUAUGUGCUGUGUGAUUUUGGUUCAGCAACCGGCCGCAUCCUCAAUCCCAACAGCCAUGGACGUACGAUGGUGGAGGAAGAGAUCCAGAAGUAUACCACGCUGUCAUACCGAGCGCCUGAAAUGAUCGAUCUUUUCGGCGGUCAGGAUAUUACAGUUAAGGCAGACAUUUGGGCGCUCGGAUGUCUACUCUACAAGAUUUGCUUUUUCACGCUUCCGUUUGGUGAGAGCGCAUUGGCCAUUCAAAGCGGCCAGUUCUGCAUCCCGGAUGGUUCGAAAUAUUCACGAGAAUUGCACCAAUUGAUUCGAUACAUGCUGGAACCGGAUCCAGAGAAACGUCCAAACAUUUAUCAGGUGUGUGAUGUAGCUUUCAGCAUUGCUGGACGUGCGAAUCCGGUUCGCAAUCUCACCAAAUGCUCGGUUCCGGGUUUGGAAACCCUGAUUGUGCCACCAUUUGAGUCGGAAACCAAACGAUUUUCGGUCACGUGUGGCACGGCAAUGAGUGGCUCCGGGCCAAAGCCGGCAAAACCAACCUUGCAAGCACCACCCGAAGGAGGUACCAGUGUCGCACCCCGACAAAGGCCAAAAGCAUCGCAGGCGAGUGCUGCUACUGUUUCCGGCGCAAGCUUUUCGCUAGGCCUACCACCAAAUCCUUCACCAAAAAAUAUCCUAUCUUCGCCGACGCCCGGUGGCGCACCUACAGGACCAGCGGAAGCACCAGAAGCAUUUGUGGCAAAAUUUUCGGCCAACUUUCCACCAACACCGGGAACGGGUGCAAGCACUGAUCCCACUAUUCUGCCCGAUUAUAGCAAUCCUGUGCAACCAGCGGUGCCAGUAGCUACCCUCUUUGAGACAACCUAUCCAGAUCCGUUCCGGGAGCCAGAAAUGCCUUACGGCGAGAGCAGCAACAUCGUCUCGACAAAUCAUUCGUCAUCCUCUUCGUUGUCUGUGGUGCAUUCGCCUAGUCAUCCGGUACCGCCGUUAUCUGCCAGUAGUGCCGCAUCGACUGCCACCGCCGAAGGAACGAGCUCCAUCCUGGCCCCGCCGAAAAUGGCCACCGGUCAUAGGCGCAACGUGAGUGAUACAUCUGCCUUCAACAAAGCGUUCGCAACGGAAACAUGUCAGUUCUUAGCAUACGAGCAAUCGACACACAAUUACCAACAAGCUUCAAUUGCGAAUUCCGCAAUAACUGCGCCAUCCACUGUCAGCACCCACGGUUCGAACGGUUCCAUACAUAAUAUACAUACACUUGUUUCGUCGGCGGCGAUAGCAUCAGCCCUUGAAACGCGGCCAGCGAAUCUAGUUGCGGCUAGCUCCAACCCUCAGUUGCAUCAACCCAGAUCGAAUUCUUCUGCAGGUGUUGCAGGCAGUGGAAUGAACUGGAAUCCGUUCGGAGAUCCUACUCCGUUUGCGCAGAUGACCGAAGAUCACAUAUUCGGUGAAGAGUUUGACAAGAUCAGGCAGCAAGGAAGUCAGAGUAGCUUGAAGACACCGCCUGAGGUACCACGUCAUUCGUCACUUCCUCUCAUCCAAGCAUUGGCUACGAACACAACCCUGUCAAACGUUCAGCAGGCCGCCCAAUUUUCGCCUGAAAACCUUCCCGAUACGCUUGCUGACGAUGAUGACGACCCGUUCAGCUCGGCCCCAUUUUCUCUCCCAUCUCUGCGCGGGGGUGGAAAAUCGUUCAAGGCUCUCACCUCGCGCAAGGUGAUUGUAAUUGACGGUGGUUUUAGCACGCAGCUUGCCGAACAUGUCGGUCCAAAAGUGGACAACGACCCGCUCUGGACGUCCCGUUUCAAUGCGACCAAUCCAAGCGCGGUGCUGGAGACACAUCUCGACUUUCUCAAGGCCGGUGCGGACUGUAUCACGACCAACACGUACCAGGCGUCACUCGAAGGUUACAUGGAUUUCCUUGAUCUUAACGAAGAUGAAUCGCUCAAGCUCAUCCGGGCGAGCGUUGAACUGGCGCGGCUCGCUCGCACCCGAUACAUAGCUGAAAAACAGGAGAACAAAUCCCACAAGAUUCCGUGGAUCGUCGGAUCGAUUGGACCCUACGGAGCACACUUGCACGACGGCUCAGAGUACACUGGGGCGUACGCUGAUCAAGUGCCAGCAAACCGUCUUCAAAAGUGGCAUCGACCACGAAUCAAUGCCAUCGUCGCUGCCGGGGUCGAUGCAUUGGCGAUCGAAACCAUUCCCUGUAGGGUGGAAGCGGAAGCGUUAUUGGAACUACUCACAACCGAACAUCCGGGCGUACGUUUUUGGAUAUCGUUCCAGUGUCGCGACGGAACCACCAUUGCACACGGAGAAAACUUUGCCGACACGGUCAUUGAUUUGUGGUCGAAAGCGGCGUUGCUAGCCAAUCACAAUUUGUUGGCAAUCGGCGUUAACUGCGUACAUCCACAAUACGUUACACCGUUGCUACGAUCCGUUACCGAGCGACGAGGAGCUUCGUCCGAAGCUGGUAGUUGCUGUGAUCGUAUACCUAUGAUCGUAUAUCCAAAUUCUGGCGAACAAUGGGAUGCAGUUACCGCUUCUUGGCAUGGAACCGAGAAUGUCGUACCGCUUGAAACAUACAUACCCCAGUGGGUGGAGUGUGGUGCAAAGUUCAUUGGAGGCUGCUGUCGGACGAAUGCACGAGACGUGAGACGCUUGAAAAAAACAAUUAUCUCGCUUUACGGAAGUCGCAUCAGUGAGCAAUAGGCAUGAGGAUUCGAAGCUUUGAUUUAAUUUGAAUUUAAUUUGCUAAAAUGACAUACGACCCUGUUGGCGUACUAGUUGACCAGCAUGUUGAAACCUAAUAAUUAUAGAACUCAACGGUGGUUAAGUGUGAGUUCGUUAAACUAAAAUUAUACAAUUGCAAAUAUCUACCAAUGUGCGCACUAAAGCUUCGGAAAGGGUAAGACGAGUCCACAGAUGCUUUGUGUUUAGCCUAUUAUCUGAAAACUAAUCAAUGGCACGCGUGGGUUAUUAGCCGAAAGUUGGUAAAGACAUUGAAGAACUUUUUGCCAGCUACAGAACUCGUCUUUCAAGUAACAAAAUAUGUUGUAUCCCGCAUGAUACGGUAUUUCUUCAACAGACACGAGGAAUAUAAAGCGUAUUGAAAGAGUAUUGAAUAAUGAAACGUGUUUGGCCCUUCUUUUCGCAUUCUAGUCUUUGUUUUCAAAUGUAAUAGGUUCUGAUGUUCAUGUGGUAGAAAGCAUUCCAGCAAUCACCCAUGCAACGAUUAUUGUUAUUGUUUGGUAUUUACUGAUAAUUUUCUAGAAUUAUCCUACAACAACACUUCGCUAAAUUGCAUCUUUAGCAUAGUAUUAGGUUCAAAGAGAUGCGAGCAGAACACUUUCAAACAUUAUAAUCACUUCCACCAAUCAAAAGAGAACAUUUUCUAAGUCAGUGUAAUAUGCAUAUGAUGUAUGUAUGGUUAAUUUUAUUAUUAGCUGAAUUAUUUGCACGUCGCAAUGUUUAGUAAAACUAGAAUUUUCAUAUACAAAUCUUGUGAAACCAUAGUAGUUAAGCGGAGUAGGUAGGUGAAUAAGUAGCGCAAUGCAAAGACAUACCUGCUUUUCAGCAAAGCUAUUAUCAAGAAGACAGCCACAUGAUGAAAUAUUAGGUUAGGUUAAAAAGAUGAUAUUAUUUAUAACAAUAGGCAAUGCAUUACCUGUUUUCGAGUGUGUGGUUAAGGUUUCCGAUAUUGUCUAACAGUCAAAGAAUACAAUUAUUUUCGACACAUAGCAGCAGCGUGUUCAGCUUUUAUUCCCUUCAACAUACUCUCCUCUAUCAAAUGUUCACUUGUUCCGCUAUCAUUUUAUUCGUUCUAUGAAUACGAUAAACGAUUGAACAAACAAAUGUUGCACGAAAAGUUACACAACGACGAUGGCAAAGAUGAGAAAAGCUGAAAGAAAAAGCCCCAGAAUUCGAUUCAUCGGAUAACGCAUUCUUAUCUACCAGCAUACCACGCGUUCAACAGUUCUAUAGAUCACCUAUUAACUAUCCAGGCAAGGGAUGCGACAAUGUUUCCCGUGAUAUGCUUAAGUGAAUAUUCACAAAUAACAAUGUGUAAUAUCGUAACACUUAUUGAAACGUCUUAAUUGGAGGUCCAUGUAACGUUCGUUUAUUCUUUUCUUAUCUUAGUUUCCAUGCAAAAAAUGCGAAGAGAAAAUAGUGAAGAAAGAUAAAAUACAGGGCAUGUGUAGGGUAUUGGCACUCUAAUUGCUAUCGUAGCUGC